AACUCUUAUUUUGUAUAACAUGGGCCACCUUUCAAGCGGUCUACAAUCGUGAACUUGUCCUUCUCUGUGUUUUGUUACUUAGUAGUAAUCUAGUAAUGGCUUCAUUAACGCUAAACACAGUCAAACAGAUCUUCAGAGCGAUGGCGGACAGUCCUGGGUUUGACCGGGUUUUAAGUAAGGUGGAGGUUUUGUCUGCGGCUCCUGGUAAGGUGGUGUGUGAGAUGAAGGUGGAGGAGCAGCACACGAACAGAGGAGGAACUCUUCACGGAGGAAUGACAGCCACGCUCGUGGACAUGAUCUCCACCAUGGCCAUCAUGUACAGUGAGAGAGGAGCUCCUGGAGUCAGUGUGGACAUGAACAUAACAUAUAUGAAUGCGGCUAAAAUUGGAGAAGACAUUCUGAUCACUGCACAGGUUUUAAAACAAGGACGGACUUUGGCAUUCGCAACAGUAGAUCUCACCAACAAGGCCAACGGAAAACUCAUCGCUCAGGGAAGACACACAAAACACCUCGGCAGCUAAUUGAGUCCAUACCCCAUAAAUUAUGUCUGUCUUUAUGCUACGUAAUAAAGUCUGGCAUCAAAUUAUGUUA